UUGGUCACGGGAAAGGAACAGUUCGAGUUCAACCGGGCUCAGCCAACGGCCAUUUGGGAAGAAACUCGCCCGUCGCACAUGCACAUACAGUAGGAAGGUCCUUCCGUAGAUAAAUAGAGCGUAAUAGAGUAACGUGCGGGUAGUGAGGGCGGCUCUUAUAGUUCAUUACAGCGGGUGUCGAUGCACAGGAUUGCACCGCUUUCUCGCACGCGAGCUCAGGCUCUUUCACUCCGACAAAGCGGUCCGUCUUUCUUUACCUCCAGAGCAUAUAUUCGCGCAAGUGGUGAAAUGUCGUCCGUCCGGUUGGCUUCGGCCAAGAGGAUAGAUCUUGUCCGUUCGCAUUUGUCAGGGUCCAGUAGGUUAUUCAGUACGACCGCUGCAGUACUCAGUGAUUCUGACCCAGAGCGGGUCUGUAUUGGAGAUGUCUGCAUCAAUAUCACUCCCGCACGCCAACCCCAGUAUGUUCCGAUUGAGGCUCUGUUGUCUAUGGACCGGCAGGAUAAUCUAGAACAUCUCCAAUGGAUGAUGAGGAAAGAUCUUCUUGGUCAGGACAUGUUCUUGAUUGGUCCUCCAGGUCCAUUGAAGCGGCAUCUGGCCUUGACCUACCUCCACCUGACCGAUAGAGAGCACGAAUACGUCGCCCUGCAUCGCGACACAUCCGCAGAGUCAGACCUGAAGCAGCGACGAGAGAUCGUCCGAGAGUCAGGGGCAAUAGGUCUCACCGCACAAUGGGUAGAUGGAGUGGCAGUCAAAGCCGCGAUAGAAGGCCGCGUGCUGGUCAUUGAGGGCAUCGAAAAGGCGGAACGGAACGUAUUGCCUGUGUUGAACAAUCUGCUGGAGAACCGAGAGAUGUCCCUCGAGGAUGGCCGACACAUCGUGCACCCUUCGCGCUACGACGCGCUCCUCAAAGACCAUUCGAAAGAGGAACUAGAUUCCUGGCGAUUGGUGCGGGCGAGCGAACACUUCAGGGUCAUUGCUUUGGGCGUACCGGUACCUCCUUAUCCAGGAAACCCGCUGGACCCGCCUUUCCGAAGUCGGUUCCAGGUUCGUUAUGUCGAAUCGCCUUACGAUGGGUCAGAGGGUCGGUCGCAUGUUGUCGGGGCAGCGGAGCCACCUGCAGAUUUGGCAGCCAUCGGUGAACUACUGGCCAAACUGCGAGAUGUGAUACGGAGCAUAAAGUACACGCACGAGAUACAGGAUCAGGUGACGAUUUCGAGCGGAGAUGGUCUGGAUUCUAGACUACUGCCCCACUUUCCGCAAACUGCGGUGGGCGGCAUUAGUGAUCUCCUCACUGUGUUCCCUGAUGAAGCAAAAGCCGGUGCAUUCAUCCUGCCUCGCUUCUGGCCAGCCGCUUGGAUCGGAAAUGCGUUGAACAAUGAACAGACGCAAUCGUUCCAGUCCCUGGCCAAGCAGCUUGGGCUCAACCUCGAGUUGCAGCUAACCAAGAACGCCCAGCAGCUGUCAGAGUACGAACUGAGCGACGUAUCUAGCGGGUCAGCGCGGUUCCUUUCUUCCAACGGGUCCGUCAUCGUCCCGAUCGAGAUGGGCGCAACGCAGCCCGUGCCGCUGUCAUCCAACAGCAUCGGAAGCUAUGGCGGGACGUUCGUCCACACGCCGCGAUACAGGGAUGUCAUCUCUCGGAUCGCGCAAGCCCAUGCUUUAGGAGCAGACAUGUGUCUCGUAGGCCCGAAAGGCAGCGGCAAGACCACUGCCAUCAUGCGCUUUGCGGCACUGUUUGGAUUCGAAACCGAGACGCUGCACAUGUACCGCGACAUGACAGCGAGGGACGUGCUGCAACGGCGCGGCACACGCAGCGACGGCAGCACGUUCUGGGAAAACUCGGGCCUAGUGCGCGCGGCGCUAGAGGGAAAGAUUGCAGUGCUCGAUGGCUUGCAUUGGGUACGUGCCGGCACUAUCGCGGCUCUGCAGCGUCUCGUGCAGGAUAGGGAAGCGUUCUUGCCUGACGGUACCAUCUUGACGAGCGCGGAGAACUUUGGAUUUCUUAAAGAGCGCAUGGGCCAGUCGACUGAGCAGCUCAAUGCGGCUGGAGUCUUCAGCAUCCACCCCGCUUUCCGGAUCAUCGCCACGUCCAGCGUCGUUUUGCAUCACAAGGCGCAGAAGCAGGAUCUCGCCUGGCUGACCGAGGAGAUUGGCGCCAUGUUCCAGUUCAUCGAAGUGGGCUCCAUGACGCUUGCUGAGGAAGCCGCUCUUUUGCAGACAUUGACGGGAUGCCCGCAAGGACCGCUGAAGCAGCUGCUGAACUUUGCAGCCAAGUUCCGGCAACUGGCCGAGGGCGGGGGCUCGGGGCACGAAACCGUGCUUGCGAAAUCUGCUUCCUUGUCCACUCGACAGCUACUCCGGAUCUGUCGCCGGGUAGCCAAACACCCCGACGAAAGCCUCUACACCGCUAUUCACCGCACCUGUCUCAGCCCGUUCCUCCCGCAACUGGCGCGCCAAGCUUUGGAAGACGUUCUGAUCGAAUGUGGGAUUUCACCCGUCAAACAGCCCACGAUCCACAGCAUCACCACCUCUCUAUCCACUGUGAGUUUCGGCGACGUUCAUGUACCCAGAUAUACUGUGCGCGCCGACGACGCCGAGGCACGAGCCCUCAUCCCGCAAACAACAGCAGGUGGGCCAGGGUUCUUCGACAAUGAGGUGCACACGCGAAUCAUGAGAGAGAUCGCGAUCGACUUUUCCCUCGGCGAGCACCUGCUGCUCAUCGGAAACCAAGGCGUGGGCAAGAACCGCCUUACGGACCGCUUCCUGGAGUUGAUAGGCCGGCCUCGUGAAUACGUCCAGCUGCAUCGAGACACCACCGUGCAAUCGCUGACUGUGCAGCCCUUUGUCGAGGAUGGGGUGAUCAUCUACAAGGACAGUCCGUUGGUUCGGGCAGCCAGGAAAGGUCGCGUUCUCAUCGUCGACGAGGCUGACAAAGCGCCCGUGUACAUCACCAGCAUCCUAAAAAGCCUAGCAGAAACCGGCGAGAUGCCCUUAGCUGACGGCCGCCGCAUCCGCCCCGCCCCACUCGACCCCACCUCCAUCGACCCCACGCGUGACAUCAUCCUCCACCCCGAAUUCCAGAUUAUCGUCCUCGCCAACCGCCCCGGCUACCCCUUCCUCGGCAACGACUUCUUCGGCGCCAUCGGCGAAGUCUUCUCAUGCCACGCGGUCGAGAACCCGGACGCCGCGUCCGAGCUACAACUCCUCCGCCAGUUCGCGCCGCACGUCGACCUCGAGACGCUCUCACAGCUCGUCGGCGCGUUUGGCGAGCUGCGACGCGCGUUCGACGAUGGAUUGGUCGCAUACCCGUACUCAUUGCGCGAGCUGAUGAAUUUGUUAAAGCAUAUGCAGCGGUUCCCGGAUGAGCCGCUGGACCAGGUGUUGAGGAAUGUGUUUGAUUUUGAUGUGCAUCGGAAGGAAUUUUUUGAGGUUCUGGUUGCGGCGUUGGAGAAGCAUGGGUUGAAUGUGCGCGCGGUGGGGAUGAGGGCAUUGAAGAGGGAUGGAGAGGGUGGGGCGGAGAAGAAGUUGGAGAUCAAGUGGGAGAAGGGGAAGAGUAAGGCGCCGCCAGAGGCGUCUGGCCCGAAGCACGGAAAAGAGGAUGACCAACCUCACGUCGGCGGAAACCAAUGGGCCGGUGGCUCAGGCGGCAGCGACACAGCCGGCAUUGGCGGUCGGGCGGGCCCCUACCGCUUGCACAAAAAAGGGCAACCAAUCGUGCGCCUCCCCGACGACGUCAAAAACGACGUUCCCGAGCACGUCAAAGAAGCCGCGCGCAAGAUGGGGCGCGAGGCCCUCAUGAAACGGUUGGAGGAAAUCAAGAUGUCGACGCAUGAAGCGACGGUGUACAGGGAUAUUUACAAUAAUGUCCGCACGGAGAUUAGGCAGUUGAGGGUUAUUUUGGAGGGCGUGCAGGCGAGAGAGAAGGAGCGGACGUGGUUGCAGAAUCAGACGGAUGGGGAGCUGGAUGAGGCGAAGAUCGUGGAAGGUCUGACUGGGGAGACGGCCAUAUACAAGCGUCGCGGAGAGGAAACGCCCGAACACGGCGCGAUACAGAAGAAACCCAAGCGCCUGAAGUUUGUCUUUGACGUCAGCGCCAGCAUGUACAGUUACAAUGAACACGACGGGCGAUUGAACAGGAGUUUAGAGACUGCUCUUAUGAUCAUGGAAAGCUUGCAGUCCCUGGGGGACAAAUACGUGUACGAUAUUGUUGGUCAUUCGGGUGAUUCAGAAUGCAUCGUAUUUGUACCGCCGGGACAGCCGCCAGCGGACGAGAUGGAACGCUUGCGGGUCUUGCAAUCCAUGUCUGCGCAUUCCCAAUAUUGCUUUUCUGGAGACACGACGCUUAAGGCAACCGAACGGGCCGUGAAAGACAUAGUCAAAGACGACGCGGACGACUACUUCACCCUCGUCAUGUCUGACGCCAAUUUACGGCGAUACGGCAUCCAGCCCGCGGCGCUGGCGAAGAUCGUUGAAUCGGACCCGAAAGUCAAUGCCGCUGUGCUGUUCAUUGGAAGUCUGGGCGAGGAGGCCAAGAUUCUUACACGCAAUAUGCCUCCCGGCAAAGCCUUUGUGGCGCUCAACACUAGCGACAUUCCGAAGAUCCUCAAGGAGAUUUUCACUGCUAUUGCGUAAAUCAUUGGACCUUGUCCUCGUCGCUGCCUCAUCAGUAUAGAUGUGUAUGUAAUCUAGGUGUUAGAUGAACUUCCCGAGAUGUUAUAUAUAAGUACUCCCUUCAUUUGAUUAGAUGCUAGCUUUUGCAUUGGAUGUGAACGGGUGCUGAGCCUCCGAUAUGACUUUGCCUCAAUCAACAUGAGGACUGGUUAUACAGGAAAGGCACUACGUACAUU